AGAUAACAAGAUAGAGAGUUCCUUGUUCCUCUUUCUCUCCCCCCCCCCCCCCCCCCCUUAUACAUAUAUAAUUACUCUUCUUUUAUUUUUCUUUGUUGGAAGAACCAAAGAAAUGGGAGUUCUUGAUUAUAUUUCAGAAUUUUUCUCAGUGUCACCUGCCACUGGAAAGAAACGCAAAGCAAUGCAGACAGUGGAAAUCAAAGUGAAAAUGGACUGUGAUGGCUGUGAAAGAAGAGUUAGAAAUUCCGUUGUCCACAUGAAAGGUGUGAAGCAAGUAGAGGUGAACAGAAAGCAAAGCAAGGUAACUGUUACAGGUUAUGUGGACCGAAACAGGGUCCUAAAGAAAGUGCAGAGCACAGGAAAAAGAGCAGAUUUUUGGCCAUAUAUUCCUUACAACUUGGUGGCUUAUCCUUAUGUGGCACAGGCUUAUGACAAAAAGGCACCAUCAGGGUAUGUGAAAAACGCUGCACAAGCACUACCUGCCUCUAACUCACUCGAUGAGAAACUCACCUCUCUCUUCAGUGAUGAAAACCCCAAUGCAUGUUCAAUCAUGUAAAGCAUCACUCAUAGCUCAUAAUAUUGUACCACCAAGCCUUGCAAGUUAAUAGUGGGGUUAUAUUAUGCACAUUAAUCAAGUUUGGGGACUGAUACUGUAAGAAUUUUGAAACUGUUUUUGUGCUCUUGUAAGUUGUGUGUAUUUAAAGGACUAGGCACCAAGUUUAGUUUUGGUAUGGAGGUAGAAGAAUGUAAGAGGAUUAUUCUGUUUAAUUAAUCACCAUUAUUAUAUUGCAUGGUCUCUCCUUGUACAAA